AUGCUCAGCGAUGAACACCCUCAAUAUACACCCAGUACUCCUCUCACUCAUUUGCAAUGCCUCCUCGCCCAUUUUACCCUUUGUGAACUACUCACGAUGCAAAUUCCGGUACACCCAUCAUCAAAGAUACUGUAUUUCAAACCUACCCAGCCUAUCUCGCCACCCCCGGUUCUCAGAACCUCCAAACAUCGUUUAAACGCAGUUACCAAAGAAAAAGUAAUGAAAUUUCGGAGAUCGACUGUCAUCACCAUCAUCAUAGGAGUUGCCUACGGGAGACUAGAAGGGAGCUAG